AAUCUUUUCCCUGAAACAGUGUCAAAGAUAAAGAUUAAAAAGAAAGGGAAAGGAGUUGUUGGGCUUCGUUAAUGGAUAUAUGCGUCGUGUAUUUGUUUGUAUACAUUUGUUUCGUACUCAUGAGAUACAACAUAUCUUUAGAAUGUCAGACAAGGCAAUAGAUAUAGACCUGUGAACUUAGCUCCAUAGCCAGAGACACUUUCUGUAUAUUCGUCUUUAUUACAAUAGCCUAAAAGCGUGUCUCCUUUCUAGCCUCUGAUGGCUUCUUUCUGUUUGAUUCUUGGUACUCUGGAAGAAUUCAUGGCUGUCACAGCCAAACUGUACUACCAUUUGCUUUCAUCGGGUUCUGAAUUCUCUCCCUUGUUACUGGAAGUCAUUACAUCAACUAAGGUUGUUGGAAUGACAUAGUAAGAAAGUGGAUGUUGUGAAAAGGAAAUGCAAUGGCUGCUUCUACUUCUUGUGCCAAACAAAACCUACUGACCAUGAACAUGAAGGAACCUAGCUCUAACUAUAAGCCAUAUCCACCACCUCUAGCAAGGUAUGAAGAUGUAGUAGCCAGUGCUAAGCUCUUCAUGGCUACUUUGGAGAAGCUACAUGCUACCAUGGGAACCAAAUUUAUGAUUCCAAUUAUAGGAGGAAGGGAGUUGGAUUUGCAUAAGCUUUUUGUGGAAGUAACUUCUCGUGGUGGUAUUGAAAAGAUCAUCAGGGAGAGAAGAUGGAAAGAGGUGACUGCAGUAUUCAACUUCCCCUCUACUGCAACAAAUGCAUCUUUCGUCCUGCGCAAGUACUAUUUUUCACUGCUUCACCACUAUGAACAACUUUACUUUUUUAAAGCUCGGGGAUGGGUCCCUGCUUCUACCGAUUCCUCGCAGAGCCCAUCUAUUGCUCCUGUGUCUGGUCAAGGGGCAGUGGGGUCAUCAUCAGAAAUCCAAGCAAAUGUGUUCCAGCAAAUGAGGAUAGAUGGAUCUCCUGGAGCGACUGGAGGAACUUCAGCCAGUAUGCCAGUGAUUGGAGUAAUAGAUGGGAAAUUCGAGAGUGGCUAUCUUGUUACUGUCACCAUAGGUGCAGAGAAGCUAAAGGGUGUUUUGUAUCAGGCUCCACAGAGCUCAGUUCAGCAAGUGCCACAACAGUAUGGUGUGUUUGCCAACACUAGGAGCAAUGCUCAUUCUGUGCCAGGAGUGCAACGGCGCCGUCGCAGGAAGAAAUCUGAGAUUAGGAGGAGGGAUCCUGCUCACCCUAAGCCUAACAGAAGUGGUUAUAAUUUCUUCUUUGCAGAGCAACAUGCAAGAUUGAAACCACUCCAUCCUGGAAAAGACCGAGAGAUUAGUAGGAUGAUCGGUGAAUUGUGGAACAAACUAAAAGAACCAGAAAGAAGUGUUUAUCAAGAGAAGGCUCGGAAAGACAAAGAAAGAUACAGAUUAGAGAUGGAGAAUUACAAGGAGAGGCUACGAACAGGCCAGGUGGUGAAAGAUGCAAUGCCACUUCAACAGAGGCUUCCAAUGGCAGCAGCAGCGGCAGCAGCAGAUGAUGUGGAUAUGGUGGACAGAGACUCGAAGAUUGGAGAAACUGAAGGAAGGGAAUCUCCCGAAAGCCCAGACAACGAGAGUUAUUCCGGGGAAAGUGAGUGCGAAGAGGACAGAACUACAGAGAGGGGUAUGGACAUGGAGAUGUGUCCACCGAGAGACAGUGAAUCUGGCAAUUUAGGCGUAAGGAAUUUGACAGAGGAAUCGGCAUUUCACCUGCUCAAGGGAAAAGAGAUAGUUGGGAGCGAAAGGGUCGAAAAAGUCGGUGUUGAGGAUGAAGAGAAUGCGGGUGAUACUUUGUCAUGAAGAAAGAAAUAAAGAAUGGAGCCAGCGGAUUGUUUUUAGAUUAGAGUAGGUAAAGGUUUUAUUUGAAAUGAAAAUCUCUUGAUUUACAGAGAUUGUUUUGAUGAUAGUUGAGGUUAGUAGAUGAAGCAGUUUGGUAUGUUCUUCCUUCAUGUAAAGCAAAGCUUAUUUGAAUUCAAGUAGUCAGAAUGGAUUUUUGGCCAACAGCUGAGACAGUUUUGUAGUUCUUGAUUUGCUCACUCAGAAUUCUGGGUUUUAAUUUUA